AGCUUCUUCUUUCAAACCACACAAAGAGAGCAACACGAGUCAUGUUGUCUCUCUCUCCUUUUUCUUCUUCGUCUGUCUUUUUCUCUCCUUGUUUCUCGUGCCCUCUUCUCCUUUGCUCUCAGAUACAGGUCAUAGUCGUACAAGCAACGAUCUCCCUCCAUCUGUGCAUGCACGCACAAGUAUAGUAGAUCUCUGCGCUGCUCUGCUUAUAGAUAUGGCGAGGCGCGGAAGUUGUUCGACGAUAUGCCUGAAUGAAAAAUUGCAGAGGUUUCGAAUAAUCUCCGAAAAGGCUGAUAAGUUUAAAUCAAGAAGUGGAGGCUUCUCUGAGCGUUCUCUCUCUCUCGUUCUCUUACUCUGGUGCUUCCUCUUCCUCGUCUACUCCAAGCUUGGCCAAAGCCAUGAUCAUGGAGAUAGAAUUGGGAAGUACACUGAUGGAUCAGUUUCAAAGAUCCUCAAUUCCACGAGUUCUGGAGAUUCUGUCUUCCCUCGAGCCACUGGGAAAGAAAACAACUACUGUCUCCUUAGAAACGGCCAGUUACAAGAUGUGUAUGAGCAUGUUCUUGGGAACAAUGCUUUGUUGAUCUGCAAAAUUGUGAUGCCAGAACGAAGAAUAAACAAGAAGGCCCUGGAAGCUCGUGAUCCCAGAUAUGCCAAUCUUGAAGACAAAAGUCUCAAAGCAAAUGGCUCCGGCGUGCCAUCACAGGUUGCGAACAAUGCAACUCAUUAUAGGUUAGAACCAGAUGGAACUGGGUAUAACUAUGCUUCUGCUAUUAAGGGCGCAAAAGUAGUGGACCAUAACAAGGAAGCAAAAGGAGCUAGCAAUGUGCUUGGCAAAGAUCAUGAUAAGUAUCUAAGAAAUCCGUGUUCAGUGUCGAAUAAGUAUGUCGUGAUUGAACUCGCUGAAGAGACGCUAGUUGACACAGUGAGAAUUGCAAAUUUUGAGCAUUACUCUUCGAAUCCCAAAGAGUUUAGCUUGUCAGGUAGCCUGAGUUAUCCAACCGAUAUAUGGACUCCCGCUGGCAGUUUCAUGGCUGCAAAUAUUAAGCAGAUGCAGACAUUCCGGCUCCCGGAACCUAAAUGGUUGAGAUAUCUCAAACUUAAUUUAGUUAGUCACUACGGAUCUGAGUUUUACUGUACUCUGAGUGUUGUAAAGGUAUUUGGCAUUGAUGCUCUUGAGCAGAUGCUUGAAGAUCUAUUUGUUCCAUCAGAGACUCUUCCCAGUAAACCAGCUAUGCUGGAACUAAAAACCGCAGAUGAAAAACAAGAUGGGGAAGUGAAGAGCAAUAGGACAGAUAAGAUUGGCAAGGAAACUGAAGCGCAGAAGAAGAAAGAUGAUGUUGCGAAGACGAUUAAUAUCACAGGAGACAAGAAAUAUGAAGUUAGGGAGAAGCAUAACGUUUUAAAAGUGAUGAUGCAGAAAGUGAAAUUGAUUGAGAUGAAUUUAUCAGCUCUUGUGGACUCUGUGAAGGACAUGAACGAGAAGCAACCAGAAGUUAGCUUGGAGAUGAAGAGAACCCUUAUGCUUGUGGAGAAAAGCAAAGCUGACAUCAGAGAGAUUAGAGAAUGGAAAGGAAAAAUGGAAAAGGAACUUAGAGACCUAGAGCUAUGGAAAACUUUUGUAGCUUCCCGUGUAGAAUCAUUGGCCAGGGGAAACACUGCAUUGAGAUUGGAUGUAGAGAAGAUUGUGAGAGAGCAAGCAAAUCUAGAGAACAAAGAGCUCGGGGUUUUAUUGAUAAGCCUCUUUUUCGUGGUCUUAGCAACGAUUCGGUUGGUCUCAACACGGCUCUGGGCGUUUCUAGGGUUGUCUUUUACAGAUAAAGUGCGAUCGUUGUGGCCGGAUAGCGGUUGGGUCAUGAUAUUGCUAAGCAGCAGCAUCAUGAUUUUCAUUACUCUGCUCUCUUAGUUAGCAUAUAGGAGCUAGGCUAGGUGUGUUUUUUUUUUUUUAACAUUGACUUGUUAUUCAAGUUUUGUAACCCUAGGAUUAGGAAUAGAAUUUGAGAGCUUAAAAUCCAGAGCUUUAACUGUGUGUUUGAUACUUGUGGAAAUGUUAUAUUAUUUGAACAAUUCCGGCCAGAAUCAUGGAAAUGUUAUUUACGA